AUGGCGGAUGAUGGCGAUUACGACGGAUAUCAACGGCAGGAUCCAAGUAAAAGGACAACACAACCUUACAUGACGAAAUAUGAAAGAGCAAGAAUCUUGGGAACGAGAGCUCUACAAAUCAGUAUGAACGCUCCUGUUAUGGUUGAAUUAGAAGGGGAAACAGAUCCGUUACAAAUUGCAUUAAAAGAGUUAAAAGCUAAUAAAAUCCCAAUGAUUGUACGUCGUUUCUUACCGGAUGGGAGCUAUGAAGACUGGAGUUGCAAUGAAUUGAUUGUUUCAGAAAAAUGA